AUGGCGGCUAAUGCCCAGAACUUCUACGAGCUGUAUCGACGAAGCAGCGUCGGUACUGCACUGACAGAUACUCUCGAUGAUCUCAUCACCGAGCAUCGCAUUGACCCUCAACUUGCUAUGAAGAUCCUCGCCAACUUCGAUCGCGCAAUUUCCGAGGUUCUCCAAGACAAGGUCAAGGCCCGCCUAACAUUCAAGGGUAGUCUCGAUACCUACCGAUUCUGCGACGAGGUCUGGACAUUCCAGCUCAAGAACGUCACCUUCAAGAUGGAGAAUGGCGGUCAAAUCGUUAACGCAGACAAGGUCAAGAUCGUCUCUUGUACUGCUAAGCCGACAGGCAACGCUGCGUAG